AUGAUUACGCGUUCAAAAGCCCGCGCCAAAAAUAUUAAUGUUGGACAAAUUCCGACUACAGAAACGGGUACUAAUACUUCGUCAACACAACAGCAGCAAACCGGCACUGCUGAUAACAUUGCUGAGAUAGUGGAUCUAGUGCCAAUAGUACAAAUCGAAGCGCUGAAUACCGAAAAUAUUCAUAAUGAUAAUGUCUUGGUAGAAAUUGACUCUGUGCCUUUCGUUGAUAAUGACAAUGCAGAAACCUCGUCAAGGGAUAAACAGCAGCAGCAAUUAUCAGAUGAUGAUCUCGAUGUUUUGUUAAGUAAAACAGAAACACCGUCAAGGGAUAAACAGCAACAACAACAGCAGCAGCAAUUAUCAGAUGAUGAUCUCGAUGUUCUGUUAAGUAAAGCAGAAACAUUGUCAAGGGAUAAACAGCAGCAGCAGCAAUCAUCAGAUGAUGACCUCGAUGUUCUAUUUCCAAGAUUAGACGCCGGUAUUUCAAAAAAAGAUCACUCAUACAUUCGAACACACACAGGCGGCAUUGUGUCUCUUCGGCGACCACAAAAUGACGGUAAUGUCAUCGUUCAAGAUAAAGAAUCCGCGAAAUUGCGUAAUGGCCCUCAAAAAAAUGAUAGAAAUGAUCCUCCAAACCAAUUAACCCGGAAACAGAAAAAAGAACUUAGAGAAGCUACCACCGGACCUGGAUGGUUUGACAUGCCAAAACCCGAACUGACACCAGAACUAAAACGAGAUCUUCAAGUUGUGAAAUUACGUAACGUUCUUGAUCCGAAACAUUUCUACAAAAAAGAAGAUUCGAAACAAUUUCCGAAGUAUUUCCAGGUUGGCACGAUAAUAGAAGGGCCAACAGAAUUCUAUUCCUCACGGUUACCACGUAAACAACGAAAGCAAACUAUCGUUGAAGAGCUGAUGGCCAACGAAGAAGCCAAAUCAUAUUACAAACGCAAAUUCUUGGAGAUUCAAGAGACGAAACAAAGCGGCGGUAAAAAACACUAUAAUAAUUUGAAGAAGAGACGGAAACCUAAUUGGGAAAAGAAUUUUUGA